UAACCCGAUAUAGAUAUACCUGACUCGAAGGUACAUUGUACACACCACCAAGCAAAGUUUCUUCACAACAGAAUCCCGCGUUGUACGCGGUGGACGGAGGGUAAACAAUCUCGGAUUCUACCUGCGACAAACAAAUAAAUUCUACAUCACCCCGGUGACCCUAUACACCAGCUAUGGGGAACCGAGGCAUCCCAGGCCUCCUGGCCGCUUUCCUCUGCCUCCUGUACCUAGGGGUGGGGUCGGCUAGCGACCCUCCAUUCGGUUCACCUGCACGGUGCAUGGAGCCACCGAGCUGGUCUCUCCGUGGAAGACAUCCCAUGCUGGAGAGCCGAGGUCAAGUGACGGUGGUGGCGCUGUUGCAAGCCAGCUGAGGUUUCUGCCUGACGCAGGCCCAUUACUUGGAGGUCAUGCGCAGGCAGUACAUCUCCCAACACAACAUUACCGACAUCAACUUCAUCGUGAUCAAUGCAGGCGACCUACGAUCUCGUCUCAACUAUUACAGGCUCUAUCGCUUGGGUUACUUUGAUCUCUAUCAGGAUUAUUCAUCAGAGACAGCUCCCGAGGAGAACGUCUGGAGCCUCCUUGACGGAGCCAAGGACGAUUUCUUGAUAUAUGACAGGUGUGGUCAGUUGACAUAUCACAUCCCUAUGCCAUACUCUGCUCUGAGGUAUCCUUUCAUUCAGAUCGCCAUCGAGUCCACCUACACUGGAAGGCAUCCCUGCAACUGUUCAGCCGAUGAGCCGACAACCACCACAGCGAUGCCAUCAACAGAGAAGGAUGCAACAACGAUAGCAUCUACCACACCUACCCCAGCCCCACAAAACGCCCUCUGACAGGAAGAGGAGCUUGCGGCAUGCCGUGAGCGACAACAACAACAACAACUACUACAGGUAGAGCGGGGAGAUGCAGUCAGCACUGAUAGACAGAGUUGAUGCUGAUGCUGAUCCGGGGAGGUCCGCUUGGCUUCCUGACGUCCACUCGCUGGGGUAUCAUCCCAGCUGAGCAGGAUCCGUGGUGGAUCCAGGUGAUGCUGACCUUCCCAGGAGAGCGAGGUCACCGCCACUGCUCCCUCGCAGUCCAACUCCCAUUCAUCAACCCCUUCCACGUCCACUCAAUCAUGACAGCCAUGAGACCCAGCCAUAACAACAACGUCACCAUGACGUCAGGGUCAAGGUCAACUGUGACAGGAACAGCCCUCAAACAGCUGACGACCUUGAGACACCGCCACCACAGCGGCACCAUGACGUCAGGGUCAACUCUGAAACACCACCGCCACCACAGCGGCACCAUGACGUCAGGGUCAACUCUGAGACACCACCGCCACCACAACGGCACCAUGACCUCAGGGUCAACUCUGAGACGCCACCGCCACCACAGCGGCACCAUGACGUCAGGGUCAACUCUGAGACGCCACCGCCACCACAGCGGCACCAUGACGUCAGGGUCAACUCUGAGACUCCACCGCUACCACAACGGCACCAUGACGUCAGGGUCAACUCUGACAAGGUCAAAGAUCAUGUCGUCAGUGACAGUGAUAAACAGUUUGAUUAAAAAGACCACAGUAAUUUCAGCUUCAUAAAACAUUUUUGGGGUAUUCAAAGAAUUUCCAUAUUAAAAAAGUUACCCCAAAUCGUAUUCUUUCUAAAGUUUGACAAAAUUGUUUUUUCGUUAUGGAAAAUCAUAAUGUAAUUUUACAUAUAAACAAAUUGAAAAUAUAUGACUUAAACACAGAUGAUAGUAAAAAAAAACAACAACACUGAAAUAUGCAAAUUAACAGGAAUAGCUUUGAAAAGUGGUCCAUUCAAUUGCAGUACCCAUCUUUGUCGCGUAACAAUGGAUUGCCUAUCCCUAGCCAUUCAUGAUGGUAAACAGACAAACCGAAAGGCUCUGCUACCGGAAUACAUUGCAGUGCUAGAAGGGCAUGCAAUCCACUGUUCGCAAAAAACCUUUCUUAUGGGAAGGAUUAAUAAACAUUUUAACGUUAUUUGUGUUAUUAUAUGCCAGUAUAUAAACUACGAUUGUGAUUGAUAUUUAGAUAUAUGAUUCUGCCAAGUUAAUAUCCACCCCCUCCCUCUCUUUCUCCCCCUUCUCUUUCUCUCUAUCUCCUUCUCUCCCCUUCUCUCUAUUUCCUUUCCCCCUCCCGUUAUCUCCAUAUAUCUCUAUUUCAGUCUCUGUCUCUAGAUCCUCUCGUAUCACUUAUCUUCUCUACCUUCAAAUCGUCGAGUGUCGGAAGUUCCCUUCUCUUCAUACGAUAACAGGGCUACAAUAUUCCUGAUAAAAAGUAUUAGAUUCUAAGUUUAGUGAGCAAAAAUAAUGUUCAAUGUAUCUAAUUCCACACUUUUCUGAAUCUACACAUUCUAUUAGGCUAAUUUUGUUUUCCUACAUCUGUUUACGUGUGCUUUCAACCCAUCUUAGAUGCAAUAAUAAUAGGUUAUAUAAUAAUGUAAUGUAUUCGGAUGUAAUGUUUGUAUUCCAUUAGAACAUUUCAACCAUAAACUCAUCUCGUCCUAUAUUGUGAUGUCCUAUCUUUUUCUCGGGAUCAUUGUGUUUCAUUUUUUCUGAUAGUACUUUUUUUUAAUAGAUAGUUUCAUCGGGUGCUUUGGGUCUAUUAAUUUGUGUAAACGAAAACUAAACGUGGAUAUUCAUGGUCGUAAUACACUAUUCAUAUAGUGUCAUCUUUGAAAAAAGGGUGUAUUUUUCUUUAAAACUAGCUGAAUUUUUUUUGAAUGGGAUGUAAAGAAUAUGUCCUGGGUGGAGAGAGGUAAUGCAGAUAAACUUAAUUCUUAACCCGACGGCUAAAACUAAACGAAAUUUCCUGAAAAGAGGACGGGAGACUCGAACCCUAGAUCCACUCAUUCGAGUCACGUACCGUACUAAGAGACCACGACGUUCUGUAACUUUCUUCUUUGUGUUUGUUUCAUCUUCAUCUUACAUUUGUGUGGCUUCGACCAUAUAGUCACUAUUGAUCAUACAUUUUAGAUAGAUAUGCGUAGAUGUAGCACAAGUUAAUUGUAGCAUAGACAUUAGUUCCACAUCGUCUUUUCAGUAUCUUUCCAUUUCAUCUCUUUCAUAUUGAUCUUUCCCGAAUUUCCAUUUAUGUAAAUUGUGUGCUUGUAAAGGUUGUUUGGGAUCGGUUGUAGGAAAGUAAAUGUUUCUCAAAGUUUAUUUCGCUCGUCAAAUCUAAGCCACCCCUUUCUCUCUUUUCAUUAAUGUGUAUUCAUGAUAAACAUUUGAUAACCCGCGCAUGCGCGGAUCAAGUGUAUUUGAACAAAAUAACACAUUGGCGGAAAGGAGAGAGAGGAUUGAUGGAUUUAGGAGUGAUCUUGUAUUUCUUUGAUAAAUUGAAUAAAAUAAACA